ACCGAACAGGUGACCGGAUGAAUUUCACAGGAGCUGCUAGACCAAUUUCUCCAGCAGGAAAAUCAGACAUGUCAUCAAAACACAGAGCUGACAGCAGGUCACCCAAGCUUGAUGUGCGAAUGAACAGAGCUGCUGCUGAGCAGAAGAAACCUAGGAAUACAGAAGGCUUAUCUGCCAGUGAGUCUCUUAUGCUGAAAUCAGAUGCUGCAAAAUUGCGAUCAGACUCUCACAGCAGGUCUUUGUCUCCAAAUCAUAACACUUUGCAAACACUAAAAACCGAUGGAAGAACAACUACUGGUCUGAGAGCUGAAUCUCCAGGGCCAGGAACCCGGUCGUCUUCUCCAAAGACAAAGACACUUACAGCUGUUAGAUCUGGUGCUAGUUCUCCACGAUCCUCAUCACCCCAUGACAAAACUCUACCUCAGAAAGCUUCGUCCCCUGUGAAAACCAAGCUUGAUCCUCCUCGAGAACGCUCCAAAUCAGAUUCUUACACAUUGGAUCCAGACACUCUUCGCAAAAAGAAAGUACCACUAACAGAACCCUUGAGGGGGAGGUCCACUUCACCCAAACCAAAAAUUAUUGCGAAAGAUGGAAAACCUGUCACAGAAACUGAAAACAGAGCUCCUUCCCCUCAUGUCGUACAAGAAAAUCUCCACAGUGAGGUGGUUGAAGUAUGUACUUCAAGUACUUUAAAGACUGACAGCAUUACAGAUAGCACCUGUGAAGACAACACAGAAUUCAGAAGUCUGGACGAUGGUUCUAAUAAAGUUCAUUUCAGCAUAGGAAAAGCACCACAUGAGCAAGACAUGAGAGCGUCUCCAAAAGUGAGCCGUAAAUGUGCUGGCAGGCACACAAGACCCAAAAAGGAAAAAUCCAGCUUUCUUUUCAAAGGAGAUAGCUCCAAGCCUGUAGAGCCUGCCAAGCAAGCAAUGUCACCUUCCGUUGCAGAAUGUGCUAGAGCUGUAUUUGCUGCGUUUCUUUGGCAUGAAGGAAUAGUUCAUGAUGCUAUGGCUUGUUCAUCGUUUUUGAAGUUUAAUCCAGAACUGUCCAAAGAGCAUGCACCAAUACGAAGCAGUCUUACUCAACAGCCUGCAGAGGAAAAAGAAACCAAGUUGAAAAACAGACAUUCAUUGGAAAUAUCAUCUGCUCUUAACAUGUUCAACAUCUCACCUCAUGGACCAGAUAUAUCUAAAAUGGGUAGCAUCAAUAAAAAUAAAGUCCUCUCAAUGUUAAAAGAACCACCUCUGCAUGAGAAGUGUGAGGAUGGGAAAACUGAAACUACCUCCUUUGAAACAUCCAGUCAUCACACAAUGAAAUCCAAAUCUCCUCUUCCAUUAACACUGCAGCAUUUGGUAGCUUUCUGGGAAGAUAUUUCUUUAGCAACUAUUAAAGCAGCUUCCCAAAACAUGAUUUUUCCAAGUCCCGGUUCUUGUGCAGUGUUAAAGAAGAAGGAGUGUGACAAAGAUAAUAAGAAAACUAAAAAAGAGAAAAAGAAAAAAGAAAAGAUUGAGACUAGGCCAAGGGGAAAUCUUUUUGGUGAGAUGGCCCAGCUUGCAGUGGGAGGACCUGAAAAAGACACAAUCUGCGAGUUGUGUGGAGAAUCCCAUCCAUAUCCAGUGACUUACCACAUGAGACAAGCUCAUCCAGGUUGUGGCCGUUAUGCAGGCGGCCAAGGUUAUAAUAGCAUUGGGCACUUUUGUGGAGGAUGGGCUGGUAAUUGUGGCGAUGGUGGUAUUGGAGGAAGCACUUGGUAUUUGGUUUGUGAUCGAUGCAGAGAAAAAUAUCUCCGUGAGAAGCAAGCAGCAGCAAGAGAGAAGAUUAAACAAUCUAGGAGAAAACCAAUGCAAGUUAAGACUCCUCGUGCCUUGCCAACUAUGGAAGCUCAUCAAGUGAUUAAAGCCAAUGCACUGUAUUUACUGUCACUGAGUAGUGCUGCUGAGCCCAGUAUCCUCUGCUAUCACCCUGUAAAAGCAUUCCAAUCUCAACUUCCCAGUCUCAAAGAAGGCAUUUCUGAAGACUUUCCCAUUAAAAUGCCAUGUCUCUAUCUACAGACUUUAGCAAGGCAUCAUCAUGAAAAUUUUGUUGGGUACCAGGAUGACAACCUCUUCCAGGAUGAGAUGAGGUACCUGCGCUCAACUUCAGUACCUGCACCAUACAUCUCAGUUACUCCUGAUGCAAGCCCCAAUGUCUUUGAAGAGCCAGAGAGUAACAUGAAAUCUAUGCCCCCAAGUUUGGAAACCAGUCCAAUAACAGAUACAGAUCUUGCGAAGCGUACAGUCUUUCAAAGAUCAUACUCAGUUGUUGCAUCAGAAUAUGACAAACAGCACUCAAUUUUGCCAGCACGUGUGAAGGCAAUCCCUAGGAGACGAGUCAACAGCGGAGAUGCAGAAGUGGGGUCCUCUCUCCUGAGACAUCCAUCUCCUGAACUUUCUCGGUUAAUCUCCGCCCACAGCUCUCUUUCCAAAGGAGAGAGAAAUUUCCAGUGGCCAGUACUGGCAUUUGUAAUCCAGCAUCAUGAUCUGGAAGGACUUGAAAUAGCAAUGAAACAAGCCUUACGGAAAUCUGCUUGCCGAGUCUUUGCUAUGGAGGCUUUCAACUGGCUUCUUUGUAAUGUCAUUCAAACAACUUCUCUUCAUGAUAUUUUAUGGCAUUUUGUGGCUUCCCUGACUCCUGCACCUGUAGAGCCUGAAGAAGAGGAGGAUGAAGAAAAUAAAUCAAAUAAGGAAAAUGCAGAACAAGAAAAAGACACAAGAGUAUGUGAGCAUCCUCUGUCAGAUAUAGUGAUUGCUGGCGAAGCAGCUCACCCGUUACCGCACACUUUUCAUCGCCUUCUCCAGACAAUCUCUGAUCUUAUGAUGUCGCUUCCCAGUGGUAGUGCAUUACAGCAAAUGGCCUUAAGGUGCUGGAGUCUCAAAUUCAAACAAUCUGAUCACCAGUUCCUGCACCAGAGCAAUGUUUUUCACCAUAUCAACAAUAUUUUGUCUAAAUCUGAUGACGGAGAUAGUGAAGAGAGUUUUAGUAUCAGCAUUCAGUCUGGUUUUGAAGUCAUGAAUCAGGAACUGUGUAUAGUGGUUUGUCUAAAAGACCUAACCAGCAUUGUUGACAUUAAAACAUCAAGCCGGCCUGCCAUGAUCGGUAGUUUAACAGAUGGGUCUACAGAAACGUUCUGGGAGUCAGGAGACGAAGAUAAGAACAAAACUAAAAACAUCACAAUUAACUGUGUAAAAGGAAUCAAUGCACGUUAUGUGUGUGUUCAUGUAGACAAUUCCAGAGAUCUUGGG